AUGGCGCAACCGUUGAAGAGGGCCAAGCUGAACAGCGAACAAGCACAAAACAUCUACGCCCAAAGCGAAAACAACAUGAGCGUUCAUAACAUAUCGAUGAAUGCAACCCUGUGCUCCUCACUCAACCUAGACAACCUCUACAGGCAUUUCGCUAACUGCAUUUACAACCCUCGAGAAUUUAAAUGCAUGAGAAUUGAUGUUCCAGUGAGUACUCGUAGUAUAAAAAAAUAUGUCAGAUUUGUAAAUAAAAAAGGGGAGAGACAGAAAAGGAGCGAAGGAGUUGUUCUUUCCAGUGAUGGAACGACUAAUGUAGUUACACCUUCACCGGGGGUGGAUACAACAUCUCAGAUUGUUGAAGCUCCCAAGGAAGGAGAUGUCACCAUUACCCAGGGGGAUACUACUCCUGAUGAGAAGAACGACUCGAAUGAAAAAAUUAUCAUUAACGUGUCUAUUUUUGCAAAUGGGAAAAUUAUUUGCACAGGAAAUAAUUCGAUAGAGGCUUGUAAAAUAGCCAUGAAAAAAAUUGAGAGGAAGUUGAAGCAGCUGAACUUUAAAAAUAUCAGCAUAAAAAACGUCACGAUCACAAACAUAUUGGCUGUCUACAACGUGGGCUUUUCCAUCGUGCUGCCCCUCUUCGCGCAGUACUACAAAAGUGUCGACUAUGACCCCAAUGUGUUUCCGGCGUGCAAGGUGAAAAUCGCCCUCACGAGUGAGAGCGAGAGGGACACCUCCGAGGCGAGCGAGCAAGCCGAAGGGAACUUCGCCUGGAGCACCGCCCGGAGCACUGCGGAAAGGAGCCGCAGCAAGGUGGACGUCGUCUCGGCAAGCAUAUUUUCCACCGGAAACAUAACCCUCACGGGGGGAAAGAGCUACCAGAAUCUCCAGAGGUGCAUCGACAUUCUGUAUCCCUACCUGAUUAAAAGUAAAUCGCAGCACUGA